GCGUUUUUUAUAUGACUUCGCUAAUUUCUUCCAACGUCAUCGCUCUACGUGCCAGUACUAUUUUAGUUAUGAUUAGGACAAUUUUUAUAUAUUUUUUAAUCUACAGAAUAGCUCCUGUUCAUUUAAAGAAAUAUGACCUCAUUGUCAUACCCAUACACAAUGUACCACACAGUCAUAAAGAUCCAAAGAUACAAGUAUGGCCAUCGCUAAAAAAAUUCAGGAGUAAUAAUGAAAAAUUCAGGAGUAAUAAUGAAAAAUUCAGGAGUAAUGAUGACCUCUUAAGGUUAGACAUAGGUCAUUAUGACGAAGCCACAGAAAUGAUAGACAUAGACAACUUUGAUUAUAUCAACGACCGUGAUAGUGAAGAAAGACAGGCGUUAAGCGUAGAUGAGCAUCUAGCGAGAUAUGGGCAGAAUAGAAUUGUGGGUGGUGUCGAAGUUGAUAAUUUUAAUUUGUAUCCGUAUCAUGCUGCUUAUGGGACCAAUUGUGGUGGUACUAUCUUUGAUAAGAAAUGGGUGAUCACGGCUGGACAUUGUGGUAAGAAGGCGUACGUAAGAGUUGGCUCCAAAUAUUUGAACCAAGGCAAAAGAGUCCCCGUGAAGAAGAGCUUCAUCCACCCUCUGUGGGCAGCCAGGGACAAGGCCCAUCCUUUCGACUACGACUUCCAACUUCUUGAACUGGGCGAAGAUUUGAAGUUCGAUGACAACAUCCAACCCAUGAAACUGGCUCGUAUAGAAGAUAUGGUGAUUGGUAAAGUCAUUACUGUCACGGGAUGGGGGAACACUAGAGAAAACGGUCCAUAUUCUAGGGUUCUACGAGCCGUCCGUGUGCCGAUCGUAUCGAAAGAGAGUUGUCAGCAAGUACCCUUCCCUUACUUCAGAGGAGCCCUAACUCCCAGGAUGUUUUGCGCAGGCUUCUCCGAGGGGAUGAAGGAUGCCUGUCAGGGUGACUCAGGUGGUCCAGCAGUGGCCUACGAUAGACUGCUGGGCAUGGUAUCGUUUGGCUACGGCUGCGCCACGCCUGGCUCCUACGGCGUCUACAGCAAAGUGGCCAAAGUCAGACCUUGGAUAGAGAAAGUGACUGGUCUAACGUUAGAUUAACUUGGAGAUUAAAAUAAUAUUU